AUGGCAGAACUACCGAUCCCCGAGUGGGCGAAGGAGUUAUGGGGUGAAUGGAAUCUCAGGGCAGGAAUUCUACUAAGCCUCAUACUCCAACUUUUCUUGAUGUUAUUUGCUUCUCGGCGCCAACGAUCCAGAAGCUCGUUGCUACUGAUUUUCAUCUGGUUAUCUUACUUACUCGCCGAUUGGGUUGCCACCGUCUGCAUCGGACUAAUCAUCAAAACUCAGAGCAACUCUUGUAAGGACAAGGGAGAUGACCACGUUUUGGCCUUCUGGGCAUCUUUUCUUCUUAUCCACCUCGGUGGUCCAGAUACCAUUACUUCAUUUGCUCUCGAGGAUAAUGAGUUCUGGCUCAGACACUUGAUUGCACUCGUUUUACAGGUUUUGGUUGCUGCUUACAGCUUGUUUCUGACUCUUCCCAAAAACAAGUUAUGGUUUCCAACACUCUUAAUCUUCGUGGUUGGAACUAUCAAGUUUGGAGAGAAAACUUUUGCUCUGUAUUUGGCUAGUUCUGACCAUUUUGCGGAGACCAUUUUGCCGGAGCCGAAUCCUGGGCCAGAUUACGAAGAGGCUGCAGCCAUUUAUACUGAAAACAAGACUGCAGUACUGGUGAGAAUCCGUCCAGAUCAGACACCAAAUGUUGCAAAUUAUCCCAAGGAAGACAGAGUAUUUGAAAAUGAGAAAGAGUACUCUUUAGAUGAAAAGAUUAAGCUCGUGGAGGAAGCACAUGUUUUUUUCAAAAGCUUCAAAGGGCUUAUCGUUGGCCUACUUCUAAGCUCCAAAGAACGAGAAUCAAGCCGGAAAGGUUUUCUCAAACGAAAACCAAAGGAAGCUUUUAUGUUGAUAGAGUAUGAGCUCAGCUUCAUAUACCAAGUUCUGCACACCAAAGUGGUCGUUGUGCGUCAAAAAAUCGGCUACUUGCUGAGAUUUUUCAGUCUGUUAUCCAUGGCCGGGGCCUUUAUCUUCUUCUUUUUCGUGGAGAAACACAAGUUCGGUCCGUUAGAUGUUGUUAUUUCAUAUUCCUUGCUGAUUGGAGCCAUUGGUAUUGAUUGCAUUUCUGUUUUUAAACUCAUAUUCUCUGAGUGGACUCUUAUUGCUCCAGUCAAUAACUGGUGGUGGUGGAGAACAAUUGUUGCCAAAAUAGCCCUGAGAGGUGAAAGGUGGUCUGGGAUGGUUUCCCAGUACAAUAUGAUUAGCUAUUGCCAACAUGAACGCCAAGUAAUAGUAUCUUGUGUCUACAAACUGGGUGGCUAUCUUUACAUAAGGGGGAUUCUAGACCGGGUCAAAUUCUGGUUUUAUUCUACCACAGAAACUGUAGAUACUGAUUUAAAGACUUUUAUUUUUGAGCAGCUGAGAACAAAAUCUAGCGUUGCACGGGAUUUGAGGCGUGCCAUGGAAGCGUGUUCAGAAAGAGGUGAUUGGGCUCUCUUGGAAACUUCUAAUUACAUUAAGCUUAAAUGGAGUGUUGGAGAGUUUCAAUAUGCAGAAAGUCUUCUUUUAUGGCAUAUAGCUACAGAACUCUGUUACAAUGAAAGUCCAAGUUUAAAGGGAGAUCAGAGUAGAAAUAUUUGUAAACUACUUUCAGAUUACAUGUUUUCUCUUUUGGUAGCUCAAGGGUCUUUGUUGGCUCCAGUUUUAGGAAACUGGCACAUAGUGUUUCAGGAUACUUGCGCAGAAGCCAAGAGUUUUUUCAGUAAACACCAUUUAGUACUCCAUUCAGAAUGUUGUAAGAAAAUCAUUGGCACAAAAACGGAUUUAAGGCCUGCUGUUGUGAAAGGAAACAUAAGCAAAUCUGUAUUGUUUGAUGCUUCUAGACUUGCGAAAGAUCUGGGCACAAACCAAUGGAGCCUAAUGAGUCGAGUGUGGGUGGAAUUACUGUCCUACGCUGCCAUAAAUUGCAGACCAACUGUACAUGCUCAGCAGCCUAGUAAAGGUGGUGAGCUUCUCACUUUUACUUGGUUACUUAUGAAUCAUUUGGGUUUGGGAACUCAGUUCUAUGAGCAAAAAGUGCAAGAUGGAACGAAAAUGGUGGCAGCAAAGUAA